UGAAACUUGAACCAGCGGAACGGGGAAAAACCUCUUUCACUCUCGCCGACGACGGCGUCGUAGGAGGAGGGAAGGUUCCGAAGGGGAUGGCGUCGGUGCUCGCGGAACCCGGAAAACCGAUUCUUUCGGAGCUCACAUCCGUUCCGAACGCGACGAAUCGCAGAGGAAGGUCGGAAUCUGCGAGAUUGACGAUAUCAAAACGGCAGGCUCAGGAGCAUAAGCCGAUGGUCCUCAAUCUGAGAAGACAGGCCCUGAUAGGCGUGACUGCGUCUAUUGCUUCAAUCCUUCUCCCUCCACCAUCAGAAGCCAAGGUCUCAAAAGCUGAAAAUAAGAAAAAAGUCUUGGAAAAGAUCCGUCAGCUUCGGGAGAAAGCUGGACUAAUAUUAGAAUCGAAGAAGGGAAAUUCCUCAACUGGUGAAGUUGAAGAAGGUGGCUCCUCUGGAAACUGAAAAAAGUGCGAUAGAGGAUCUGAUGGAGGCAGCUCUGGUGGUUUGAAGGGGGUCCUGUAGAAUUUUGUUUUGAAGGAGCUAAUGCAGCUUUCAGAGUCAUUAUCCUUAAACUCAUGAUAGCUAUCA